CUCCCGGUUUACAGCCUUUAACACCAGAAAUCAAGUGGGAAAUAUUCGCAGCGAGUGCAAUGUUCCGGAUUAGACAGAUAGCACAAAGGGCUGCGUUGGGCAAUUCUCGUUCGACCAGCUGACGACGCCGCCGCCGCCUUGUUGACGUUUUAUUGGUCUUUGGGAGGUUGGGAAGGAAUGCUGGCAGUGGCGGAGAAUCGUAAAGCAAAGGGGGAAACAAAAGCAACGAGAAACGGUGGAAACAGAGUGGCGAGGAGGAGAAGAAGAAGGAGAGACGCAUGAAAUCGCCUGGUGUUUGUGUGUGGUCGACGAGGGCUGCAGGCCUCAUCUGCAGUUUGCAGGCAGGGCCGUGUAGAUUGCCCCGCUUGGAGAGAUGGCCUGCCCGCCCUCCCGGGUCCCUCCCACGGAGUUUGGGCAGCAGCGUCAGGCCGGAGCUGUGGAUGGUGAAGUGCCGGCAGGUUGGUCACUGCUGACGACGGAUGGCCUGGUGCCGUCUCCGGCCAACUCGCCGCUCGGCUGCCCGCUGCCCGUGGGGGGGGAGGAGGUGAGACCACCGCCCGACACCACCAGCCUCUCCGCGCCGUGGGGUGAGGCCGAGCCGCCCGCGGCACGGGCAAACGGCACGGGCAAACUUCACCCCGACGCACCGAGCGGCAAUCCCAACGCUGCUCCCUCCCGCCAGGAAGUCCCGGGAUCAUUGGACCAAUGGGAGGGGCAGCCCGAGGACAUGACGGCAUCCAGUCGGGGAGAGGGGGCCAACGUGGGUCCUGGCCUCAGCCCCUACGAGCCAGUGCUACCUCACUGGUUCUACUGCAAGAUGGAAGACUCCAAGCCUCUCUGGACUCCCUUCAGUAAACUGGACUCUCUCGUGCUAGAGGAGAAGCAUUGUUCUGCAUCGGAGUUGGAGGAGGUGGUGGUGGCGACGGAUGGCGGGCGUUACGACGUGUCGCUGGCUCGGCGCUCGCGGCACGCCGUGUACUGGCAGGAGGCCACCAGCGAAGUCCGCCGCUGCACCUGGUUCUAUAAGAGCGACAAGGACAGCAGGUUUAACCCCUACACUGAGGAGUGCAGCCAGAAGAUCGAGAAUUCGUACAAGGAGGCAGUGCUAACGAACGAAUGGAACAGGAGGGUGGAGUUCUCCACGGGAGAAGUCAUUAUCCUGCACAAUCCAAAGCUCAUGAUGCAUUUCCAACCCUCUGGCUUGCUGGAUGAGUGGGGCUCGGCCUCGGCGGAGCUGAGCAAGCCCUGGGCGGUGAAGAGGGGCACAGAGCAGACGUACGGGGACAUCUACGCCGGUGAACCGGUGAAGGUGGAUCACUUGGUCUUCAUGGUGCACGGAAUCGGACCGGCGUGUGACAUUCGAUUCCGUAGCAUCAUUCAAUGCGUGAAUGAUUUUCGGAACGCUUCACUCAACCUGCUGCAAACGCACUUCAAGAAGGCACAGGAUGAACAGAAGGUUGGUCGCGUGGAGUUUCUGCCAGUCAACUGGUACUGCACUUUGCAUGGAGAGGCAACCGGGGUGGAUGAGGACAUCCGGAGGAUCACGCUGCCGAGCAUCGGACGCCUGCGGCACUUCACCAACGAGACCCUGCUCGACCUCUUCUUCUACAACAGCCCCACCUACUGCCAGACCAUCGUGGACACGGUGGCCAGUGAGAUGAACCAGCUCCUCGCACUCUUCCAGCAACGCAAUCCCCACUUCAGCGGAGGCGUGUCGGUGACGGGACACAGUCUUGGUUCCUUGAUUCUCUUCGACAUACUGACAAACCAGGUAGAUCCCAGCUCCAAAGAACCAGCACCAAGGCAAUCACUUCCAAAUGGGAAUUGCCAUUCCCGCACUAAGAACGUAAGAAGCUUGGAAGAAGCUCUGAAAACGCACGGGUUAUCCGAGUUCCACAGCGUCCUGGAAAGGGAGAGGUUGGAUUUCGACUCGCUGGUGUUGUGUUCCGAUGCUGAUCUGAAGGAAUUGGGGAUUCCUCUGGGACCAAGGAAGAAAAUCCUUAGUUUGGCAAAGAAGUUGGCCCCUGGCCAGGAACGCCGGGAGGAGGAGCAGAUGGGCGAGCCGGUGGUGAGGGCCAUCCCAGGGAGAGCCAGCAUGCCCCAGCAGGAAGGGGGCGCUGGCGAGCAGUCGCGGAGCCCCCUGGCCACCAGAGGCCUGACUCCCCUCAACGACAAACGAGUGGAUGUCGGCAUCGGGCAGGUCAUGGUAAAUUAUCCACAUCUCCGCUUCGAGCCCGAGAUCUUCUUUGCCUUUGGUUCUCCCAUCGGAAUGUUCCUGACGGUCCGGGGCCUGAAGAGGAUUGAUCCCAACUACAAGUUCCCGACGUGCCGGAGAUUCUUCAACAUCUACCACCCCUUUGACCCGGUGGCUUACAGACUUGAACCUAUGAUCGUCCCAGAGGUGGAACUGGAGCCCAUGUUGAUCCCCCAUCACAAGGGCAGGAAGAGGAUGCACCUGGAACUGAAGGACAGCUUGACGCGCAUGGGCUCGGAUCUGAAGAACGGCCUGUUCUGCUCGCUCCGCAACGCCUGGCUCUCCUUCACCCGGGUCCAGCUGCCCGUGGCCCAGCUGCUGCCCGACCCACCCGCAGCCAGCAGCCAGGCGGCGCCCAGAGAGAGCGCAGCUCGGUCGGAGACGGACGGGGAGGAAGAGGAGGGGGAGCAGCAGCAGGAGGAGAAGAGGGAGGUCAAGAUCGGGAUGCUGAACGGCGGGAACCGCAUUGACUACGUGCUGCAGGAGAAGCCCAUCGAGAGCUUCAACGAAUACCUCUUUGCUCUCCAGAGCCACCUCUGCUACUGGGAAUCGGAAGACACGGCCUUGCUAAUUCUGAAGGAGAUUUAUCAGACUCUCGGUGUCAGCCUUGAACAGGCACCGCACUAACCAGCACCAGCACCGGGACCAGCACCAGCACCUGCACCAGCGGAGACCGGAGUCUCCAGCACGUCCGACAACCACGCCUGCUCCGUUCCCCACUUGAACUUUGCCUCCCUACUUGUGAAGUCAAGCUGCCAACCCGGAGGGUGUGGGGGGUGACCAGCGCUUCCUUGACCUUCCCCGCCGCAAACGGUUGGUCGCCAAAUGCGUCGGAGCACUUGCCUGACUGAAGUACGGAUUUCGAGCAGCGCAAGGCAGCCGUGCAGAACUCUUGCAACCAGCAGAUGCAGGGAGUGGAACCUCUCCCAAGGACUGCACUGGGGGGGGAUAGAUGGAGGGAGGGGGGGGAUGCGAUGCACAGUUGAUUGCAACUCACACACAACUAUAAUCAGCCUUGGCAUCCAACUAACGGGAUUAACUUUGGUUGGUGAUGGGCACUGCAGCAUCAGUAAGGGUGUAUUUUGCAAUGGAAUUUGGCACGUGAUCUGUAACCAUGGACCAGUCAGUAUUGACUAAUCUAUUUGUCGUUUCUAGUUUGGAUUCUAAAUGCACUUUUAAACUGAGUAUGGAUUUAA